AUGGCUCCCAAGCGUAAGGCAGACUCUUCUGAUGGUAGUGCAUCAAAGAGAAAGGCCAUCACCAUGGAAGUUAAAGUGGACAUUAUAAAGAGAUCACAAAAGGGAGAAACACCAACAAACAUUGGCUGGUCGCUUGGCCUUAGUUGUUCCACUGUGGUUAUCAUCAUCAAAGAUAAAGAGCGCAUUAUGGAACAUGUGAAAGGAUCUGCUCCUAUGAAAGCGACAGUGAUAACCAAGCAGAGUAAUGGUCUAAUUAUUGAGAUAGAAAGAUUAUUGGUGCUUUGGUUGGAAGAACAAAAUCAACGGCGUAUUCCAUUGAGCCUUAUGGUGAUUCAGGAGAAGGCGAAAAGAUUGUUUGAGGCACUGAAAGAUGAAAAGGGGGAAGGAAGUGAAAGUGAAGAGUUUGUGGCUAGUAGGGGUUAG